CUUAGGAACCAUAUUUGUUUAUGCACAGACACAUGCGUGCGUCCUUGUACAUGUCUGAGACAUAGGUAUGUGCGUUAUUUUCCUGUCUCCUGCUUCUGUUUUAGCACGUUUCUAGAUCCACCUGUCGCUGACUGAGAACUUUUACAUGCAUUUUUCGACGUGCGUUCUUUACAUGAAUAUGUUCACUCAUGUUCAGGACCUACUCUUGUUUUGCGUGUUUGUCUUUUGUUACGCAAGGCGACUGUCUCAAAAAAUACACACUAUACAGCCGUGCUGGUUGGACGUAUGACUACUUAUACACCUUUAUGUGAUCGUCGGAGAUUUAGUAUUUAAAGUCAUUUUCAUGCAAAUCUCUAGCACAGCGUCCACUGGCACGACGCGUGUCUGUGCUAGGCCGCUCUGCCACGCUCUGCCACUAGUGCGUUCCCUCCCCGACGUUGCCAGUUCUUUGCCCUUGCAUUUGGUAAGUAUCUUGUGUAUUUGAGGCUGGCUUAGGUUGGUCUGACUUUGCGCGUGUGAGAAGUGGGGAGUGCCGCUGGUCGCUGAAUAUGACUCGAAGAUGACCAGCUAACAUCAUACGUCAACAACAAACAAGUGCUCAUCGUUAAGAGACACGUCUGUUGCGGUAAACAGCAGUUUCGUCAGCAAUGCAAACGCAACAGUGUCAGCAAAUUGGUGUCAGCCACAGCUCUUUCAGUCAGUGCAGAGUUUUUACCAAGACGGGUUAUACCUUAUGUCUGUCUAAGCGUGGGCAAGAAUAUAUCUACGGAGGUUGAUGACACGCGCUUAGAAAUGGGAAACUUUAACCAUUGUCCUGAAAGACGCCUGCUGGCUCGUGUUCCUCGGUGUCCAGUUGUGUUGUGAGCAUCAUGGUGUACGGGCUUUGUUUCGCGAAUACGUGCAAAACAGGUAUGGACAAAAACAGACAGUGAUGUGAACUUUUGUUGGUGGCAUGCGUGUUUUGGGGAAAUCAAAUUACGGUGAAACAGUGUGUUUUUUCCCUCUCUUUCUUAGAAAUUGAAAGCGACGGGACUGAUAAAUAAUCCAUGGGCAAAAAUCUGAUUUUGGUAGACUAUAAGGAACCUGUGUAUAUAAAUCCUUUCCAUAUGAUAUUCGCCUUACCUCUUAAUCAUGGACAAAGGAAAAAAACAUUUGUAUUGCACUUAAAACUUCGGAAGAGGAAUGAUCUUAAAUGGAAAGAAAACUGAGAUGCGAUCGCUGUAGUUAGCCAUCAUGUCGAAAAGACUAAGAAUACGGUUUCGGCGGCGCGACCGGGAGGGUUACGAGGCGUCCACGAUCUUCACGAGCGCUGUGCGAUCGCUGUUCCUCCCCCUCCUGGACACCUCGGGGGAGUCCGACCAAGCGGAGCCCAAGAAGAAAGGCAGCGGCAAGAAGUCCGACGGGAAGCAACCUCCGAAAGUCUCCGAGCCCGAAGAGAAGCCUCUAGUCAAUGAUGCUGAGGAAUGCGGUGAUGCUGAGUCGCCGCGCCGCCCGUCCGCCGUCAACAUUCCCCGCAUUGACGUGCCGCAGGAGAGCGAGGAGGUCGUACCUGUGCAACUCGUUCUGCCCUCUGACGAGCAGCCCGGCUCUGGCCUUCAGCCCAUUUCGACGGAGUUUCGACAAGUCUCCCCCACGUUCCGUCGGGGCAGAUUUUCGAUUACGGAACUCGAAGUAGUGAAUAUAGACACUGAAAAACUUAGGAAAAUAAGGGCAGAAAAUGAGGGGCAAGAGCAGUCGCCGUCACCCUCUGCGAAAGAGGAUAGUAAAGAUGAUACAACUGACGACGACAGGCCUGUUCAGAGCAGCGUCGAUUCCAAAUCCGCCCGAGACAGAAAUGACAGCGGGGUGUCCUCGUCCUCAGGCUGCGACAAAACGGACUCACAGGACCAGACCAGCAAUGCAGACCUCCAACAUAGCCAGCAGGAAAGACCAGCGACGCCGCAGCCGGACACUCGAGAGAGAGAGGCCAGGAAAAGUCCGAGCCUGACGCCGGUGGACAAAGACGGCCGUAACGGGUUCUUUAUCCCGACGACGCCCACAGUCCGCCGCGGGCGUUUCAACGUGACGCAGCUCGAGAUCAGCACUUCGGAGAGCUCCUGCGAGAGGUCCGACAGGUCCCAGCCCGACGACACGUGCUAUAACAUAGACGACCUUCGGGACGACGAAAAGGAAGACGACGAGCAGACGAGCUACAGCUUCACGAAGCCCCUGAAGAGCAUCCUCAGAAGGCACUCCGAUGCCGACACCACGACGCUGGAUUCCGAGACGGCGGCGAUGCUGGCGGAGGACGCGGCGGGAGGCGCGACGGACGAUGACGCCAGGACCCCUUCCACGGAGGAGGAAGGAGAGCAAGAGAGCUCGACGCUGGCCCGCCUCCCCUUCACGCCGCGCCACCUGGACGACAUCCUGCAGCCUCCGGUGCACCUCCAGCGGAAGAAGAGCGUCCGAUUCACCGAGCCGAUGCUAGACAAGAUUUGUUUCGCGCCGACAAGAGACGAUGAGAGGAACAAAAACACGAUGAACGGAGGAAGCGACAGCACGGAGGACAGGGAGGAGGACAGGGAGGAGGAGGAGGAGGGGAGUGAGGAGGACAGAGGAGCCGAAGCGAAGCGGUUCAGUCUCGCUUCGUGGAGACCGCAGUGCCUGGAGCAACAUAUGGUAAAGAAAGAGCUCUAUGUCCUAUUGUAUAUUCUCGUGGGCUUAGUGCACGGGGCUGCUCUGACGUACACUAUUUCUGUCAUAUCUACCGUUGAAAGGAGAUUCGGAAUGAACAGCAAACUGACAGGAUCGUUGCUCGCCGGCCAUGACAUGUCGCAGGUGAUCUUCUCGCUGAUCCUGAACUACCACGGCAGGUGCAGUCACCGGCUUCGUUGGAUCGGCGUCGGGAUGGGGUUCGUGGUGGCGGCCUGCCUCUCGGCUGCCAUCCCGCACCUCCUAUACGGCUUUGGGCGAGGCGGCUUUGGGGCGGACCUGGUUGGCCUCGUGGAAAACGGCACACUAGCGAUUGCCGAGAACAUGGAAGACCUGUGUUUCUUUGUCGGCGAAGAGAACUGCGGAAGUGACGCCGCCGCAGAAGCGCUCUUGGGCACUGUCCUCCUGCUCUUCGUCUCGCAGUUCUUCAUGGGCAUCGCCGUCACAGUCUUCUACACCGUGGGAGUCACGUUCUUGGACCACAACAUUGACAGGAGAACGUUUCCGCUCUAUUACGGCGUGACACUGAUGCUGAGGGUCCUGGGGCCCGUGCUGGGCUACCUGCUCGGCUCCCUCUUCCUCAAGUCGUGGGUCGACCCGGCCAAGGCAGCGAGUCCCGCCUACAAGAACUCGGAGUUUCUCGACGUUUGGUGGACCGGGUCCCUGUGCAUCUUGUGUGGUCUCACGGUCUCUGGAAGUCUGUCGUUCCUUUUCCCUCGCCAUGUUCCCGAGUCGUUCAGAAGGAGAAUGAAGAAGAUCCUAGCGAAGGAGGAAGUCGAGGAGGCGAGUCCUGCGGAGUCGAAGGCGAAGGAAUCUCAGAUCAGACGGACUCUGAAAGAAGCCUGGGAGUCAGCCAGGCGAAUUUUCACCAACAAGAUCUGGGUGUUAAACCUCUUCAGUACAACCCUUUUUGCCCUUGCCGUGUCCGGGUACUGGAGCCUGAGGCCGAAGUACCUCGAGAGCCAGUUCAGAAAGCGGCCGAUGGACGCCAACUUUUAUAUAGGUCUCUCGAGCCUCCUUUCGCCCAUGUUCGGGAUGGGUCUGAGCGGCGUCAUCCUGCUGUGGAUGCGGCCGAAGAUGAAGGUCCUGAUGGGAUACAGCGUCUUCUUUACGCUCUGUGGCGGCGCUGCGUAUAUCGGCCUCAUCUUCGCCGGCUGUCCGAAGCUCGACAUUGUUGGUCCCGUUGCAGGGUCUCUGACGCCUCCGUGUUCAGCUGACUGCGGGUGUUCAGGCAGGUUCUCUCCAAUGUGUUCUGAAGACCAGAUAACACUGUUUUAUUCGCCCUGUUAUGCCGGCUGUACCUUGGCCAACACCUCUGCAAACCCCACUAUAUACUACGGCUGCAGCUGUAUUGAGUCUUCGAAUGGACCCUCUCGGCCUUCUCCAGACCAGGAAGCCUCUUAUACAACUUCAGGUUUGGAGGGCCAAAUGGCGCUGAACCAAGGAGGCCAGGGGACGCCGGGAUACUGCCCUGAGACCUGCGCGGCCUUCUUCAACUACAUCGUGCUGCUGAUCCUUACGCAGUGUGUGUAUCCGAGCGCCAGAGUGAGCAAUGUGAUGAUUCUGUUAAGGUCAGUGCCAGACGAAGACCAGGUCAUGGCGCUGAGCAUCCUGACAGUCUUCGUCAGCGUGUUCGCCUUCGCCCCGGCCCCCGCCAUCGUGUCCGCUAUUGUGGAUUCGGCGUGCCUCGUCUGGGACACGUCCUGCGGCGCGACCGGCGAGUGUAGUCUCUACGACUCGACCAAGUUCAGAACCAUCUUCCAUCUCAUUCCUGCGGUGUUCGUGUUCAUAUGUGUGCUGUGCGACGUCGUGGUGUUCUGUUACAGCCGGAACUCGGAGCUCCUAGACGAGUGCCGCGAAGACCUGCAGAAGAGGCGGGGCUGCUCCGAGGAAGACAAGCCUCUUCGCUCUGCGGCUUACGACGAGGCCAAAGUCUGAGCGUAACCUCGACAAAUGUAGUAUAAUCUGUUUGAUUCAGGCAUAUAUUUAUUUAUCAGAGUAUCUGGUAUCUUUUAGUAAUAAAGGUGUUACUUAAA